CCCUGGAGCGCGCCAGGGAUCCUCCAGCCUCUUGCUAGAGCGUGCACCGCUGUGUGAGCUGGAGAAGAAACAUGAAGGUCAGCUGGCCAGGUGAGAACCACUGGCAGGUAGGCCCAGCUGUGGUGGAGAGUCCAGCUGUGGGGGCACCGCAGGUGGGAAGUCUCCCUGACGUGGUUCCAGAGGGCACGCUGCUCAAUAUGGUGCUGAAAAGAAUGCACCGUCCCCGGUGCUGCUCUUACCAGCUGGUGUUCGAACACAGGCGGCCCAGCUGCAUCCAGGGACUUCGCUGGACACCGCUCACCAACAGUGAGGAGUCCCUGGACUUCAGUGUGAGCCUGGAGCAGGCCACCACCGAGCGCGUGCUCAAGGCAGGGAAGCUCCUCCACCGUCAUCUCCUGGCCACCUACCCUACCCUCAUCCGAGACAGAAAAUACCAUCUCCGACUAUACCGGCAAUGCUGCUCUGGCCGGGAGCUGGUGGAUGUGAUCUUGUCUCUGGGGCUUGGCGUCCAUUCACGGAGCCAAGCUGUGGGUGUCUGCCAGGUGUUGCUGGAUGAGGGUGCCCUUUACCAUGUAAAACAUGACUGGACCUUCCAGGACCGAGAUGCCCAAUUCUAUAGGUUCCCUGGACCAGAGCCAGAACCUGCGGGAACUCAUGACGUGGAAGAGGAGCUUGUUGAGGCAAUGGCUCUGCUCUCUCAGAGAGGGCCUGAUGCCUUACUCACCGUGGCCCUCCGGAAGCCCCCAGGUCAGCGGACAGAUGAAGAGCUGGACCUCAUCUUCGAAGAGCUACUGCAUAUCAAGGCAGUGGCCCACCUCUCCAACUCCGUGAAGCGGGAAUUAGCUGCUGUUCUGCUCUUUGAACCACACAGCAAGGCAGGGACUGUGUUGUUUAGCCAGGGGGACAAGGGCACCUCGUGGUACAUCAUCUGGAAGGGAUCUGUCAAUGUGGUGACCCACGGCAAGGGGCUGGUGACCACAUUGCAUGAGGGAGACGACUUUGGACAGCUGGCUCUGGUGAACGACGCACCUCGGGCAGCCACCAUCAUCCUUCGGGAAAAUAACUGUCAUUUGGGGGGAGGUCGGAAAAGGAGCCUAGGGCAUUGGACACCUGUGUGGCUCCUUCUCCAGGAUGUGGAAGCGAAAACCAUGAGGCUGGAAGAGCAUGGCAAAGUGGUGCUGGUUCUGGAGAGGAGCUCUCAGGGCACCGGCCCUUCCCGCCCCCCAACCCCAGGCAGGAAUCGGUAUACAGUAAUGUCUGGCACCCCAGAGAAGAUCCUAGAACUCCUGUUGGAAGCUAUGCGACCAGAUUCCAGUGCUCAUGACCCAACAGAGACAUUCCUCAGUGACUUCCUGCUGACCCACAGUGUCUUCAUGCCCAGCACCCAGCUCUUCACUGCCCUCUUGCAUCACUUCCAUGUGGAGCCGGCAGAGCCUGCUGGAGGCAGCGAACAGGAACGAAGCACCUAUGUCUGCAACAAAAGGCAGCAGAUUCUGCGGCUAGUCAGCCGGUGGGUGGCCCUGUACGGCCCCAUGCUCCACUCAGACCCCGUGGCCACCAGCUUCCUCCAGAAACUCUCAGACCUGGUGAGCAGGGAUGCCCGACUUAGCAACUUGCUGAGGGAGCAGUGGCCAGAGAGGAGGCGGCAUCACAGGUUGGAAAAUGGCUGUGGGAAUGCAUCUCCUCAGAUCAAGGCCCGGAAUGCACCUGUUUGGCUCCCUGGCCAGGAGGAACCCCUCCCAAGCAGCACUAGUGGCGCCAUUCGAGUUGGGGACAAAGUCCCCUACGACAUCUGCAGACCCGACCACUCGGUGCUGACUCUGCAGCUGCCUGUGACGGCCUCCGUGAGAGAGGUGAUGGCUGCUCUGGCUCAUGAGGACCACUGGACCAAGGGGCAGGUUCUGGUCAAGGUCAAUUCUGCAGGCGAUGUCGUUGGCCUGCAGCCAGAUGCCCGCGGUGUGGCCACAUCCCUGGGGCUCAACGAGCGGCUCUUUGUUGUGGACCCACAGGAAGUUCAUGAGCUGACCCCACACCCCGAGCAGCUGGGGCCCACUCUGGGUUCUUCUGAGAUGCUGGACCUAGUGAGCGCCAAGGACCUGGCAGGCCAGCUGACGGAGCUUGACUGGAGCCUCUUCAACAGGAUCCACCAGGUGGAGCUGAUCCAUUACGUGCUGGGGCCCCAGCACCUGCGGGAUGUCACCACCGCAAACCUGGAGCGCUUCAUGCGGCGCUUCAAUGAGCUGCAGUAUUGGGUGGCCACCGAGCUCUGUCUCUGCUCGGUUCCUGGGCCCCGGGCUCAGCUGCUCCGGAAGUUCAUCAAGCUGGCAGCCCACCUCAAGGAGCAGAAGAAUCUCAACUCUUUCUUUGCGGUCAUGUUUGGCCUCAGCAACUCUGCCAUCAGCCGCCUGGCCCACACCUGGGAGCGUCUCCCCCAUAAAGUACGGAAGCUGUACUCUGCCCUGGAGAGGCUUCUGGACCCAUCGUGGAACCACCGAGUGUAUCGGUUGGCACUCACCAAGCUCUCCCCUCCUGUCAUCCCCUUCAUGCCCCUGCUACUCAAAGACAUGACCUUCAUCCACGAGGGAAACCACACGCUCGUAGAGAACCUCAUCAACUUUGAGAAGAUGCGAAUGAUGGCCAGAGCCAUGCGGAUGCUCCACCACUGCCGGAGCCACAGCACAGUGCCUCUGUCACCACUCAGAAGCCGAGUUUCCCACAUCCACGAGGACAGCCAGGCAUCAAGGAUUUCCACAUGCUCAGAGCAGUCCCUGAGCACCCGGAGUCCAGCCAGCACCUGGGCUUACGUCCAGCAACUGAAGGUCAUUGACAACCAGCGGGAACUGUCCCGCCUCUCCCGGGAGCUGGAGCCAUGAAGAGGGACUGGACGGAGCAGGCACUUCUCUCAGAGAAAGCCAGAGCCUGUGGGGCCCCGAGAGGUCCAGAGGCCAGCCACAGCUGGGCAGGGCUCUCCAUGGAGCGGACUGAAGGCCCUGGAGUGGGCAGUCUAGAGGCAGCUGGCCCCUGUGAGGACUGUCAGCUAAGGAGAUCUUUGAUGUGGAACUGAGCUGGCCAUAAGGCCAAGGAAAAGGGGACAUGGAGGCCCUGGAGUGGGCAGGGGAGCUGGGAGGUGCAAGGACUCCGAGGUACAAUAGAGAGCUCUCCCACCAGGCUUUUUACGCCGUCUGUACAUACAGCUGUGCCGCCCUGUGGUCCCCAGGCCCCGCGCUUGUGUUUCACGGGGGUCAGAGAGCUCAUAUCUGCAGCAUGCGUGUGCACUGGGUGGGGUCUUGCCUAGGAGAGGGUGGGGGAGUUUGGCUUUUCUCUCCACUGAGAAAAACGGCUGGGUGUAGGCAGGGCUGUGGCCUGGAGUGGUGGUCCCUGUGGAGCAGCCUUGUUCCCAUAAAUUAACAAAGAUAACGUGUGUUCUGUGGCCUGGGCGUGUGACAGGGAAAGCCGGUGGAGGAGGAAUUUGUUCCUGGGUACAGAAAGCAGCCCCACCACCUCAGUCUGGGCUCCAGGAAAGCCGACUGUUACCCAGAUGGGCUACGGUGCUGUCCUGGGCACUCUGGGGAUCAUCAGCUCUCUGCCAAAAAAGACUAUAAAAGUCCAGAUGCAGCUAGCAUCCUUCUUCCCGGCUCUGCUCCCUCAUCUGCCCUUGAUCCUGUUGGGUGCUGUGUGUGCUGAGCACAGGGGUGAAGGAAGAGACAUAGGCAGAAGACGUGAAAACAUAACCACACCUGUCUAGGCGAAGUUUCCAGGAUGCUGCCCUCUCUGCUCUCUUUGUUGGGAGCCUGGAAGCGCUAGGCCAACCUGAAAGAAACCCCACAGCCUCCACCAUGACCCUGAGUAAACUCCAGGGCAGCCAGGACUCUCAGGCAUCUGGAGGAGGUGUGCUUACAGAAGAAGGGCUGGAGGCAGCUAGGGCAGCCCCGCGCUCCUCCUGUGGUGUAGCAGCUAGCUCAGACUUGACAUACUCCACCUCCCCCUGGUCUCCAAACACUGCCAGACUCUUCACAGCAGGAGGCCACAGAGGCUAAGUCAGCUGAUCCCAGGAGAGGUCCAAGCUGUUGGCAGGGAGACAGACAACACAGGGACAUCACCCCCAGGUCUAAUGAGCCUGAGCACACCAGUGCAUUCUUUGCCUUCAUUUGCCCAGCUGUAAGGUGGGCAUGAUAGAGUCACCAGUGGCAAGGCAGAAGGUCUUGCCUCCUCCAGAGUGACUGUCACAGUUCUGUGUCUGUGACCUGGGGGACAAGCCGCAUCUCCGGGAGUGGAAUCCAAGACAGCUCUCGGGUUAGAACCAACUGCUGGGAUGACCAAACCAGUUCUGUUGCCCGUGGGCAGGGAGGGAGAAUCUGAGGGCAGCAUCCUGAGCUGAGCAAUCGUGAUCUGAGCCCAAGCCUCCGUGAGUCAGGAGUCCCCUGAAGCUUUCUUGUCUCCUAAGCCCAUUCAUUGUCAGUGUUUUCGGUGGAGACCGUGCCAGUCAAUCUCAGCCCUUUGCCAUCUCCACAGACUGCAGGGUGAAACCAACCCAGCCUCCUUCACCUGCUUUUAUUUCUUCUCCCUGGUCAUUCUUACCUUCUGGGCUCCAACAUCCUGGGCUCCAUAUGGGCCUUCCAACUGAGACAAGCUGCAGCUUCCAGCCAAUCUACCUCAGUCUGGACCUCUUUGACCCUGCUGGGAAAGAUUCUGGCAGGAGAACAAUGCCCUGGACACACAGGGGACACAGACUUGGGAGUGGAUGUAUGAGCCAGGUCACCGCCUAGGGCACAGGGGACUGAGGAAGAGUCCAGGCUCCUGGUGGCCGUCUCCUGAUGUUCAGGCAGAGGGUGGGAAGCUGCUCCUGCUCCCUGGCUUCCCAGACUGUGUGUAUCCGUGGGUGGUGGAGGUACCUGAGGCCAAAAUAGGAGGGGAAGAUCACAAGCUGCUUAAGAGAGACUAAACAGGGAGGGAGCCUUUAAAAAACCUUGGUACCUAAAGAGGUAGAACAGAGGUGUGUGUGUGUCUGUGUCUGUGUUUCUUGUGAGGGAAAACAGCAUGAGUGGUCAUUGCGCAUGCCUGUGGCCCUCCCUGUCUCCCAUAUGGUUCCCUGUAAGGGCUACAGCCAUGGGCCAGGCCAGGCUUGUACUUCACCAGGGGUGGUUAUGCUUCUCUAGCCGUGCACGGUGCCUGGUGAGAGGGCAGAGGGGUUGGAGCCAGCCCUCCCCGUCCUUCAAGCCUUAUUGCCCAUCACAGGAAGAUUGGCACAAACCUGUGAGCCAGCUCAGAAUUCGGCUGGGUGGGAACGGGCCUGCUUCCACAGGUUUGUUGGCUCUGUGUCCCCAGCAGUCCUGACGGAAGAACACUCACUCUGCUUCCCAGGUAGCAAAAAUUAGACAUUUUGAUGUCGCUGCUGCUGUCGGUAAGAUUUGUCAGGGUAAUAAUAGUCUGAGAUUUGAAUAGUGCCUCUGGCCUCCAUCACACUUUCACAUCUACAGUCUUAUUUUUAUCCUGAUGACAGAAUAGGAACUACAGGUUAUUUUUUUUUAACCUUGUUUCAUAGUCAGAGGAACUGAGGCACGGAGAGAUUUGCCUAAGGUCACCUAACGGCUUAAUGACAGGGUGGCUGCGGCAAGUAACUGCAUAAGUAUCAGCCAUGUCCCCGGCGUGUCCAGUGUCACCUCCCUGGAUCCCACUGUCUUCUGUAGGAGUAGCUCAGAUGUAGAGCCCUUUCUCCCGUCUCUGUUGCUAGGAUCUGGUUUUCAAGGCUGCAGUGGGGGCCUGUGAGUGGGGUCAGUUGCCCUUACCUUCGCAUAUCGAUUCCCCAAAUCUAUCAGAAGAGGAACUUAGAGGGUAAUAAAAGCCCUAUACUGCCUAGUUCUCGCCCACCAGAAGAUCUGAGGCCCAGAACUGCUCUUGCAUGGAAACCCUCCCCCAUCAGCCUGCAGAGCCCUGCCUCUUGUCGAAGAUGCUCCCAGUUCACCACUAGUGGGAUCUGCCUGAAUUUCAGACAGGUGUGGCUGUCGAUGGCUGAUGCCAGCUCUGAUCUUGUUCAUAAGUCUCCCCUUCCACACGUCCACAGACCUGAAAGGGCAUAUGUAUUUUAAAGCUCUGCCCCAUAGACAAAGAGUUGGUCUCAUGUUUGCUGGGACUGUGGACCUGUUCAACCAGACCUGUCAAUAGGCCAGUUGAUUCGGGGAUCCCUCUUUCAGAUCCUGGGCCAUCCCCGUGAAUGGUAGUUCCUCCCUGGCCUAGUUUGGUGGCACCUGAGGCUGAAGGGCUUGCAACCCAGGGCAGGUGGUUGUGUCCCUUGUACUGGUGAUGAAGCUGGACUGUGGUGGGAAGCCACACUGGCUCAGCUGCUCAGGAGCACUUUCUCUCCCACGCCUGAGGGGACUUCCUUGCAGGAGCCUUGAUAGGGCAGAAGGGUGGAGGGAACACAGAGUGUGGGGCUUUGGGACCCUGGAAGCGGGAAGAUAGGGUGGUGUGCCGGGUGCUAAGGAUUCUGGUUGCUGUACAGAUGGAGACAGGCCAGUGUGGCCCUCAGAUCAGUUGGUAGAAAUGGGUUGGAGGGGUCUCAGAACAGUGACCACAUAAUUCAAAGUACUUGGCAAAGAGAAAACGGUAUACUUGUACAGAAGCGUGCAUAGCUCCACAUCAAGCUUGUGAGCACUCUGAUAAGAGCCCUGCUGGGGUUUUGUUCCCAGAAAGGGAUCCUGCACCUUUCUGAGAGACCAGAGCUCAGCCUCACAUUUGUUUUUUUUUUUU